GGCUUCUGAGUGAGGCUGUGCUGAGGGUGGGAGGACCCUGAGGGUCUUGGGCUGAGGCAGGAAGGAGCCUGCCCUGUGCUGCCAUCCAAUCUUCCCUGAUGAGCCUCCCACACUUCCACGGCCAGCACAGGUGAGAUGUACUGUGUAAGUAGCACAGGUCUGGAGACCUCACACCAGACCUGGUCCCACAAGGACACAGUGGUCAUGGUUUGGAUCAGGCUGCAUUUUCCUCAUUUCAUGUCUCUGGGGAUGUUUCUGACUUGGUUUUCCCUUGGGAGUUAUAUCAGGCCAAGUUUCCCUUAGUGAAGACACAGACUAGAAUUGCGAUGCAGUUCCCCAUGUGUGUCUGCUCUGCGAGGCUUUGUGAAGAUUAUUUUUGCAUUUUCCCUAGUUCCUGCUCUCCAAUAGUGAAAUAGCAAGGUGAUUCACAGUGGAGACAGAGGGCAGAUGCUGUCUGAGAUCGUCAGUGCUGUGGUGUUCUGAGCGUGGUUGCACAGAGGCUGUAGCUACUGGGUGAUGCUCACUGUUCCUCCAUCCCCAGGGAGCCAGCAUCUCAAGUGCUGGGUGUGUGAUUUUCAUUUUCCCUCACUGCUUUCCCAAGAGCAAAGUUCAUUCCUGGUUAGUGCAGAGGCAUGAGGCCCUGCCUGUGACCCUAACAUUACUAGCUGUAUUGGGGAGCGGCAGACAGCGUUGGGCUCAUAGGUGAUGUCCAGGAGCCCAGUGAAUCAUGUGCACCCCUACUGCACUGGGGGGAGGUGAUGUUGAGGAGAUUGUGAAACCAGAGGGCAGAGAGUGAGCCAUGGAGAUAGUUGCAGAUGUCAGUUACAGGAGGAGGACUGCAGCUUGUGGCGGUGUUUCCUGUGCUGUAGUACAGGAUGUCCAGGGGGAAGGCUCGAUCCCUGGUGGGCAUGCUGAGACGUUGAGGAGGAGCUGAAUGUGAAGACCCUGCCUUAGCCAUGACCAGAGUGUGUGCAGCGAUGGGGCUGCAUGUGGAUGAGGUCUCAGUGUAACCAGCACUCACAGAGAUGCAUGGAGCAGAGUCAGUGCUUGGGAUUCUCUGUGACUGACACCAGAGCCACCACAGCUGUGACAGAAGACAGAGAUGACAGAUGUAUAUAAGUAGAAUUCCAGGCUCCAUGGCUCAUCAUCCCAGCCCUGUAUCUGGGCAGUGCCAGCAGCUGUGGUUCCCCAGGGAGGUGCUGUGAGCAUCUUCUGCAGGGUCCCUCCAGGGGUGACUCUGGUACGUGGUUUUCAUCGAGAACCUGUAGGAGAGUGGCAUGACAGACUCCCAGAGGGAGCCCGAGAGGUGAUGGCCUUCUCCCUGAAGAAAGUGACACAGACCGAUGCAGGGAUUUAUUCCUGUGAAUACUGGAAGCAAGAAAUCUGGUCAGGACACUGUGAGCCUCUGGAGCUGGUGGUGACAGGCAUCUACAUGGACAAACCUUCGCUGACUUCUCACCCAGGUGCCCAGGUGGCCUCAGGAGUAAACGUGACUCUCCUGUGUCAGUCUCUGUACUCCUAUGCAACCUACAUCCUGUGCAGGGGAGGAGGAGCUUCCUUCCCUCAGGACUGUUCUCGUCAAGACCACGACUCCUUCCUCUUCUCCCCUGUGAGCCUGGAUCAGGCCGGGACCUACACAUGCUAUGGUUGUCCCAGUCACAGCCCUCAGCUGUGGUCCCUGCCCAGUGACCCCCUUCAGCUUUCUGUCACUCGUUCCACUGCUCCCAUUGCCCUAGUGGCCUCAGUGGCUGCUGCCUUCCUUCUCCUUGUCCUGCUGCUGCUGCUCCUCUGCCUCUGCAGGCGUAGGUGGUGUCGAGCCAAAUGCAGUGCUGCAUGUGAUGGGAACAAAGUCCAGAUGAAGCAUGAGAGUGCCAGCUCAUUCAUGCAGAUCCAGGGAAAAAAUAAAGGUAGUGACCUGAGAAGCAGACACCUCAGGGUGGAAAGUGAACCUUCAGGUGACGACUUGGCACACACUGAGCCUGAGGCAGACAGACAGAGGGACACACAGGUCCCUGCAUCGGCCGAAGACACACAGGAGGUGACCUACGCCCAACUGCAUUCAAGGAAGCCCGGGGCCAGCAUGGACAGUCUUCUCUCUGGAGACCCUGAGGCCCCGUCCAUGCAGUCCUGUGUGUAUGCUACCCUUGCCUUGUCCUGAGGGCAUGGCAUGGACCACUGUGCAUGGUGCUCCUGGCUGGGCCUUGAGGGUGCAGCCUGUGCCCUGGCUCCAUGCCUUUGGUGGGGUCCCUCAGGAACUCUCAGGAGGGCCAUCAAGUUGGGGGCUUCUGGUCCCUCUGUCGAGUUCCAGGGACUUGUGCAGUCCCCAGCUGGCUAUGGGUCCACCAUGUGUCUCCAGAGGCUAACUGUUCCCACUAGACCUGGGAUCCAUCUUCUGCUGCAGGGAGAGAUCAGCCUCGCGUGGAAGAGGGGGCAGCAUGGCCAAGGCUCUCUCAGGAACCAGGACAUCUGGGGUUUCUGCCACAGCAGUGCUGCUCUGCUGUGGUCCAGGUGAAGACCAGAGGAAAGCAGCCUUGGUGUCCUGGUCAUGGCUCUGUGAGGUUGCUGCUGCAGUGCAUGGAGAGUGGGCAUCCCACAAGGAAGGAGCUGAAUCCUGUCCCAGAAGAGAGCUGGGAGGGACACCCGGAGCUUAGUUGCUGAUUUCUAUAGGGACUUGCAUCUUUUUUCCAUGAGGCUGCACCCGUGCAUACGCAGUGCACAUGCAGCACACACGCAGUGCACUUGUACUGUGGAAGGGCCUCCUUUUGUCCAUACCCUGGCCUGUACCUCCUCUCUUCCAGUUUGGCUGCAUUCACUCCAUGAGCACACUGCUGUUGCCCCAUAUUUUUCUUUUUAAAUUUUAUUUAAAGAAAGACAGAAAACGGGUAGAAAUAAUAUAUACUUUCAAAGAAAAAAUAAACAGUAAUAAAUCACCAGUUGAUGUUUA